GGCGGGCAGGAGUGCCUCUGAGCCGGGCAGAGCAGACAGACCGGAGGAAGGCUGGUGGAAAGAGGAGGGCUACCUCAUGCCGCCGGGCUUUACCGGGAAUUUAAAAACCUGACGUUCUGCUUGGCCCGCGAAGGAGCAAAUAUAACGCAGCAAAAUGCAUUUUCUUGGAGUCUGGAUGCUCGUGGCAACCGCGCAGGUUGCUGUGCUGGGCGGAGAGGCCCAGCGGUCGUCGUCGUCAGGCAAGCAAGGGUCGUUGCCAUGCGCGAGGGGGUUUACACAGGAGGAGUACAUCAUCGAAAUAGACCAAGAGCUGGCAAAGGGACAGGCCGUCUUCAACGCGAGCUUCAGGGACUGCAGUGGAGGGAAGGUGUUGUUCAAGGUUGAAGGGUCGUCUGAUUUCGGCGUUGGGGAGCGAGGUGUGGUUCGUGCCCUGUGGCGACUUAGCCUGGCGGGAAGGGAAAAGGUCACGGUGGUGGUCUACGCUCAAGACCUACAGUCCAAAGAGGUGUGGAAGGCCAGAGUGCAUCUGCACAUUCGCCCAAAAGGCAGCCGCCCUGGACUUGAACAGGUGAAGCCCAGUGAUGCAACACUGACUCAGCAGGUACCAGAGAUCUUGUUUCCAUGGCGCAGCGUGGUUGUCAGGGGUGAUGGCACUCUGAGGCGGGUGAAGAGGGACUGGGUCAUUCCGCCUAUCAACGUCCCCGAGAACUCGCGAGGACAGUUCCCCGAAGACCUAGUCAGGAUCCGUUCAGAUCGGGAUAAGAACAGGAUGCUGCGUUACAGUGUGACGGGCCCCGGAGCAGAUCAGCCCCCGACUGGAAUCUUCAUCAUCAAUCCAAUCUCAGGCCAGCUGUCGGUCACUAAGCCUCUGGACAGGGAACACAUCUCAAACUUCCACUUGCGAGCCCAUGCGGUGGACCUGAAUGGGAAUCAGGUGGAGAACCCCAUCGACAUCGUCAUCAAUGUCAUUGACCAGAAUGACAACAGGCCAGAGUUUACCCACACCAUCUUCAACGGCUCUGUUCCCGAGGGAUCCAAACCUGGAUCAUUUGUGAUGACGGUGACAUCAAUCGACAAGGAUGAUCCUAAAACCGCCAAUGGGAUGCUGCGGUACAAGAUCCUGUCCCAGAAUCCUCAGAGUCCGUCCUCCAACAUGUUCACCAUCAACAACAAGACCGGUGACAUCAUCACCGUGGCAGCCGGCCUUGAUCGGGAGAAAGUCACGCAGUACACCCUGAUCAUCCAGGCUACGGACAUGGAGGGAAACCCAACGUAUGGCCUCUCAAACACAGCCACCACCAUCAUCAAGAUCACAGACGUCAACGACAACCCCCCUGAAUUCACCACAGACUCGUUCUUCGGCGAGGUUCACGAGAACAGGGUGAACGUGAUCGUCACCAAUUUGACCGUGACGGACAAGGACCAGCCUCACACUUCGGCCUGGAGCACCGUUUACCGGAUCAUCGCCGGGGACCCCACGGGACGCUUCUCCAUCCCCACCGACCCCACCACCAACGAGGGGCUGCUCACAGUGGUCAAGCCUAUAGAUUUUGAGCUGACUCGUUCCUUCAUGCUGACCGUGGAGGCGGAGAAUGAGGUCCCGCUGGCCCGCGGCAUCCACCUGCCUCGUCAGUCCACGGCAACCGUCUCGGUGCGAAUCCUGGACAUUAACGAGAGUCCUGAGUUCAGCCCCAAUCCCAAAUCCAUCAAACUGGAGGAGGGUCUGCCCGCAGGGUCUCUGCUCACCACCUUCACUGCUCAGGACCCGGACCGCUUCAUGAGGCAAACGGUUCGGUAUUCCAAGAUGUAUGACCCCGCCAACUGGCUGGAGAUUGACCCGGUCAACGGACGGAUUUCCACUAUCGCCAUCCUUGACCGAGAGUCUCCGUAUGUCAAGAACAACCUCUACAAUGUCACCUUCAUGGCCUCAGAUAACGGUAUCCCCCCUGCCAGCGGGACAGGCACUCUUCAGAUGUACCUACUGGACAUUAACGACAAUGCACCUCACGUGUUCCCCCCUGAGGUGGAAAUGUGUGAGAAGCCGGUUCCCAAUGCCAUCAACAUCACAGCCACCGACACCGACCUCGCGCCGAAUGCUGGACCAUUUGUCUUUGAGCUAGCCAGCCGUCCCUCGGACAUACGUCGCAACUGGACCCUUGGUCGUGUGAAUGGUGAGUACGCCCAGCUCCGGCUGCGUAUCGGCUCCCUGGCCAGUGGGAUCUACGAGGUUCCCAUUAUGAUCACGGACUCUGGCAACCUGCCCAUGUCCAACACGUCCUACCUGAGGGUCAAAGUCUGCCAGUGUGAUCACCACGGAGACUGCGUGGACAUGGAGCGUAUCAUUGCAGCCGGACUGGGUACCGGAGCCAUCAUCGCCAUCCUCAUGUGUAUCAUCAUACUUUUAGUCCUGGUGCUGCUGUUUGUGAUGUGGAUGAAGAGGAGGGAUAAGGAGCGUCAGGCCAAGCAGCUUCUCAUCGACCCAGAGGAUGAUGUUCGAGACAACAUCCUCAAAUAUGAUGAGGAGGGAGGCGGAGAGGAGGACCAGGACUAUGAUCUGAGUCAGCUGCAGCAACCCGAUGCCUUGGAGCCAGACUGCGUCAAAGUGGGGAUCCGACGCCUGGAUGAGAGACCUCUCCAUCAUGACCACCAGUACCCCAUCCGCUCUGCUGCCCCCCACCCAGGAGACAUAGGAGACUUCAUCCACGAGGGCCUGAAGGCGGCCGACAACGACCCCACCGCUCCCCCGUACGACUCCCUGCUGGUGUUUGACUAUGAGGGCAGUGGCUCCACCGCCGGCUCCCUCAGCUCCCUGCACUCCUCCUCAAGCUCCGGAGACCAGGAUUACGACUACCUCGGCGACUGGGGGCCACGAUUCCGCAAACUGGCCGACCUGUACGGUGGAGGGGAUGAUUAGCAUCCUCAAACCCCGCCAGCAGCUACUGCCCCCACCCUUCCCCAAAAGGCUCAAGCGGUGGGGUGGGGUGAGGGUGAUGAUAUGUGACGAACAUGGUGUUGGGAUCGGCACUUCUGUAUUUCCAUGGGACAGCUUGUAAAGAGAUUUGCUGCCUCUUUAGGACAGUUGACGACACUAGGGACCAUGCUGACUCCCGGCCUUGCAAGGCCUUGCACUGGCUAGCAUUCAGGCUCAUGGACAUCAUCUGAGCUGUUAGCACCCGUGCUAACAAACGCGAGCAGCCAGAGCGACGCGCUGGGACGGGAUGUUGUCUCUGUGAUGGUUGAGAGCUACGACAGCCAUGCUACAGACGCUCAUUUACACUUGAAUCUCACAGUACAAGCAGCACUGGGGUCAAAUGUGCCUUUUUGUACAUUCUUUUGAUUGUGUUCAGUCUUGAUUCUGUAUGUUGCUUUAAAGCUCCUCGUGUUUUGCAACAGCGACUGGAGCACUUCGCCAUGAUAAUGAGUGCAUGUGUGAGUGUGUUUUGAUCCACCUCAUUAUUUGCGUGUAUGUUUGUGUGUGUGCGUGUGUGCGUGAGAGAGUGUGUGUGAAUCAUUUCCACAGAGACACACUGGAUGGAUACACAGGAGGGCGAAGCCUACUGUGAGAUGCUUUGGAUGAUCUUACCAGCAAAAAAAUAAAUGGCUUUAGUGUGCAGCUCUGGGUGUUAAAUGGGCACACAAAAUUAAAAAUCUGCAGUUAGAUUUUAUAGGAAGUAUAUAAAGUUUUGUCUUUAAUGAAAAACAUAUGAACCGUACUCCCACAGUAGUGCUCCGAGUAGGGACAUUCUCCUCUGAUCACAACUGCAACCGUUGUCAUUGCAUACUUAUAUGAGACAGUGGAUCAACUAUAAAAAUACAUUUGUUACCUGGCUUCGGGUUUUUUGAAGCACAUCUGCGCUCCUUUCAUUACAGUGCUCUGGUAUUAAUGUGACUGUGUGCGUUAACAAAGCUGUCCAGGAUCAAAAGUUUUCAUUUCCCUCACCGCUCCACCACCAGGAUUUCGCUCUGUAAACUUUGAUCAUCAACAUCACAUCAGGUCAAAGCUCUGAGUUAAUAGAUGUGGAGAAUGGCUGCCUCCUCUGGCUUUCGGCAUUCUUAGACAGUAUGUGAGUGUUGGUGCCAAAAUGAAUUUUAAUAACUGAAUUGAGGAGGUUUUUAUGAGUCAAAAACAUGUUAUUUGUGCAGUUUAAAUAUAAGGGUUACGUCCUCCGUUUCCAGAAAGGGGAAUUUAAAAUGAGAUCCGGGUUACUUUGUUAGCGGGAUGGCAAAACAGUAUCGCGGUGGUGAAAAACAUGGUUCUGAAAUAAAAAAUUUCCAUUGUGUUCGAGUGGAUGAAAGAAAACAGACGGCAGACACAGCUACAAAGUACCAAGGCCAGCGGUAAUAUGAAAUGACAAAUACAUUAAAAUUCUCCUCAUAGAUGAAAAUCAAUUAAGUCUGACAGAGUGGGCAAGAGUGUGUUUGUGUCUGGUGGAGGUUCAUCAGGUUUUUAUUUAGAGAUGAAUAUUUAUGUUUGAUGAACAGGUUGGGAACUGAAUAUAGAGUGAUGGAGUGGUGACUCAUAUUCACAUCUGCUGCUUAAAAAUGACCCAGUCCAACAACUUUCCUUUCUGCAACGCAUCAGUUAAGGAGGAAGAGCAAAAUGUGGCAUAAAAGCUAUUAGCCAAAUUGCUAUCUCUAGCAUGGGGGUUAACAAAUUUGUCGGUCAGGAAAUAAGUUAACUAUUUUUGGUUACUCCUGUAGAAUUGUUGCAAGGUUUUACAUUGAUGAAAGUAAUAUGUGAAGGACCUAAUGUAAGUACAGUAAUACCACUUUGUUAUCGAAGAGUCGAGGGUGAGUCAGGCUAGCUUCCGGUCUCCCCUCGGGUAAAUAGCACUGCUCAUAGGAUAGUCUAUAUCCUCUUGUCAGUCAUGUUGAUAACACCCACAGGCAGUCAAUACAUGGGAUGAUAGAAACAGACUUUUCCAAUCUUUCCUCAUGUCAUCUUCCGGAAUUGCCAUUUUUAGUCAGUCCACUUCUGGGUCCCUCCGUUUAACUUUAUUCAGGCCAAUUCUGUUGAGAACUUAGCUGAUUAAGCCCAUUCAACCCAACCAUAACACCAAAUAGAAUUAACGUCCCUGGACAGAUGAAAACGUUCAAAUUUGUGAUUUAGAGUUUUCUGCAGCUUUAAAAUCUAGUUCACCGACUACCUUCAUGCUCUGAAGGACAUGAAAGCUUUUGAAACUAAACUAAAUACAAACACCAUUCUCAGGACCAGUAUUUAAUAGGGUUAAAAAUGGAUCACAGCAUUUGUUGCCGUGGGAAACACAUGUUGGUUGGACCAGGAGCUGUACAAAAGAGCUGCAUAUUUUUGCCAGGUUGGUUUUUCCAAAGCUUGUGAGAAGACAUGUACAGUAACGCUAGACUUUAGAUAGAUACCUUCUGGAUUUUUUUGUUUUUUUUGUUUUUUUGCUUUUAUCACAAUGUAACUUAUGCAGCUAACUGCUAAUAAAGGGGUCAUCAGUCCUUGUUUUGUAGCAAAAAUACUUCUUGAUACUCUGCUGUGGUGGAUUAAAUACAAAAAAAAAGGCAAUGUUCUGUCUGCUGAUGAUUGGCCUUAGUGUUCUCUGGUACUCUUCAACUGGCUACUCACUGUAAACUGAAACAUGUACAGAUUGUAUUUUUUCUCUUGUUGUUCUUUUGGCUGUGGUCUCUGAAAAUGACAUGCUAAUAUCUUGAAUCCUUGUAUAUGUGUAAUUUGGAUUACAAAUUAAAACGUUUUUGCAUG